AUGCCCAAUCCUGUCAAAGCUUCUCAGAGAGAAAAAGAACUCGAUAUCGCGCGAUGUAAAGGAAAUUGGGUUGCUAUACCUGAACUAGCACGUAAAUAUCGUAAACAUAAUCCCGAUGGUAUAGUUCUUGAGCAUACAGCCUUGGCCGAGUUUUCGCUGGUGUUAGCUAUACAACAUGUAGAAGAACAAAAUGGUCUAUUGAUCUAUGAUGAUGAUGAGCCAGAUCAUAUUUCUAUGGGACCUGUGGUUGAGACGACAACGGUGAACGAUGUUUUUGAGAAACUCGAGAAAGCAAUGAGCAAUUCAGAGGGAGAAGAAAAACAGUAUACGACUAUUAUAUUAGGUCGUGCUUAUUUUGCAACCGGGGCGUAUUCAAAAUGUCUGGAAUCUAUGCAAGCACCAUUUGUGCCAACAAAGUUACCUUCAGGAUACAAUUUCAUAUUAAUUAUUCAAGGGUUAACAAUCAGAGGAAUGGCUUUAGAAGUGACAGAGGAUCUUAAAGGGGCGAUAGAAUGUUAUGACAAAGUGAUGGAACUGUUAGGGCAAAGAGCUACUGAUCGAUCAGAGCAAUUAAUGUACUGGGCUGAAGAGGUUCUUUAUCGCGUUGCAUUACUUAAAGCACGAAUUGGCGAUGCAAGUGGUGCGCUUCAUGCAUUCCGAACUUAUCAAAGAUACGCUGUAUUUUGGGAAAAAUUUCGACUAAACAAACGAGCAGUAAUUUAUCGAAAUUUUAUAAAGCUCCUUUCGAAAACUUAUCAAGAAGGUACUUAUGUACCACCGAGUGCUGAUCUCCUACCAAAUGGCCAAAUAACACCACCUCACACAUUUCGAGAUGAGUUGACUGAAGUACACGCGUUAUAUGAGAAUUUACUCUACCAAAUAACAUCAUUUCCAAAAGCCGGCGAUGUUAAUUGGCGUAUCUUGGAAAUGGUAGAUCAAGUGAUGGCUGAUUGGACAUUACUCGGUUAUGGAAAAGCGUCAGAAAUGCGGGGAUUAGUUGAGAUGCUUUACCGGGCAGCGCAAAUGACUUUCCAUUCCCCUCGAAUUCUGCGGCACCUUAUCAACUCUUUAAUCUUGCUUAGCGAGUACGAGGAAUCAGAACUGGCGCUGAACGCCUAUAUCGCAUUGAUGGAAAAGGCAAAAGAAACACAAAAAGAUGAUAAAGAAUCUGCAAAUUCAGCAGAAUCUAAAAAAACUCAAAUCUCGGAAAGCGAACUUUUGCCGGAUUUUGUGCAAACUUUGUUGACUGGUGUUAUUCUUACGGGGAAAUAUUUGAAUAAUGCAAAAAGAGCAUUAGAACUUGCAGAAAAAGCAAGAAUAUUAUGCGAUAAUGAUGAAAGUGAAUCUAUUGAUGACGAGCUGUUUGCUCAAUCUUGGAGAUGUUUGGGCGUGGCUUAUAGUUUAUUGGCUUUCGAAGCAAGUGACCCAGAAGUCCGACCAGAUCUUCACGAAAAAGCUAUAUCUGCGCUCAAUAAAUCAAUAGAAUUGGACCCAGAAUGCAUAGAAUCAUACUACCAAUUAGCACUCGAAUACGCUGUGAUACGAAAAAUUUCACAAGCAAUCGAAAAUAUUCGUCAAGCACUUGCCCUCGAUAAUUCAAAUAUCCCAAGCUGGCAUCUUUUAGCCCUACUAUGUUCUUCACAAAAAGACAUUCAAGGUGCACUAAAAGCGUGUGAAGUAGCCACCAAAGAAUCCGAUUGGGAAAUAAUAGACUCGUCGGUUGACUAUGGGGCAUUGACCACGAUUGGAAAUGAAGAUGGCGAAGAAUUUUUCGCUUUCAAGAUGACGCAGCGUGCAUUAUUAGAAUUGAUGUAUGGACCUGAGACCGCUAUUUUACAUCAUCAAGGACUUUUCAAACUAUAUGGUAAGAUAUUCCCAGAGAAUACUUUAUCGCCCACUGGUUCCAUUUAUGAGAGUUUUAGUCUACGUAAACGAGACAAUGAGGAUACUUUGAUUACACAAUCGACAAAAUCACUGUCCGUUGAGAAGAGUUCUUCUAUCCUGCGAACAAAAGAGAAUGCUAGUCCAGAAGGAUCGAUUCAUAGCGUAGGAAACAAAGACACGUUGGAUGUCCCAAAAGCAAAUUAUGCCGUUUCGAUUGCCUCCUCGAAAAACUCAGGUUCCUCUGUAAUAAGGCACAGUCCAACUCCAACAAUCAGUGGCGUCGCGUCAAUGAAAUCAAUUCCCGCCUCUACAUCCCAUUCUUCACAACCAGCUCUAGGUAUUCGACAACGUCGACAACGCGCGAAUAAAGCAUUAUCAGAACUGUGGCUUGCUUCUGCAGCUGCAUAUCGACGGCUCGGUAAUUUUGAGGAAGCACAAAAGGCGAUCGAGUCUGCCGAAGAGAUUGAUGGGUCUAAUCCCGAUCUAUGGUGUGAACUUGGUCUAUUUCAUUUUGCCCAAUCCCAAUAUUCUACCGCGAGAACUUUAUUUCAGAAAGCGUUGGCGCUUGAUGCGCUUCACGUGCCAAGUUUAGUUCAUCUAGGGCGAACAUAUUUAUUGACUGGUGAGAUAGAAUUGGCGGAAGGUGUUUUAGAGAGCGCGACAAAAGGGCGAGGAUGGGACUGCGCUGAAGCAUGGAAAGUAUUUAGUCUAUCUAAAUUGUAG